CUCGUUGCUAUGCAUCACCAUGAUCUUGCGUGUGCAUGGGAAUUUUUUUGAAAUUACUACGUUCCCCAACAAUUGGGCCGUGACACAGACAAAGAAUAUGUGGUUCGCAUCCUCUAUUGUACAGCAGAGGGGACACAUUCCGUCCCCAGGGCCAUUACGUUUGAGCACCUCCACCCCAGAAGGUAUCCGACCCCUAAUCCAUUGCAAUAGGAAUAUCCUUAUCUUGAGCGGCAGCUUGAUGGCCCAGACAACAGUGAAAGCCGCCGGGGCCGUCGACGGGGCGAUGGCCUGGUACAAGGACCGAGUGGAGAAACGGCUCGAGGGCUCAAGGUGCCACGACAUGCGAUGCGAGACCCUGUCUACGUCGGGGGUGUGGAGGGAGAUGCACUCGAGCAUCUCAUCCCAGGCAACAACAUCUGGGGGACCAAAGGGGCGCCAGAACGCGAGGCGCCCAAGGUCCGAGAGAGCGACCUCGACCGAGAUCCUAGGCUCCACCGCGGUGGAGAAUAAAUCCGGGAAUCGAGCGGCAAAAGGGGCGUCACCCGCCCAACGAUCGAACCAGAACAAUGUAGCAGAGCCGGAGCCGAUCGAGAUGGACGAACCGAUGCGAAGGACCGGAAGCAGCUGGAUGAUGGAUUGCCAGAACUGGGACCCUUCGGAGCGCUGGCAAAAGGCUAGCGGCUGGCCCCGAAGGUACUUGUUUAUAAUGAUGUCAAGCCAAAGCCCGCCCUCACCGUUGGCAAUCCUCCAGAGCCAUCUGGUCAGCAAGGCGAUGUUCAUGCGUUUGGACGACAUGAUGCCCAGACCAUCCUGAUCACAUGGCUUGCAGAUGUCGGGUCAGCUGACCAUAUGGUAUUUCUUCUUGUCACCCUUGCACUAAGGUUAGUCUGGUUGUCUGUUUUGUUAUUAGGAAUCGCAGCAAUGCACCUGUCAGCUUCGCAAUGCAAACGUUGCGAUCGAUCGGUAGGCUGAUCACGGGACCUGAAGUUGGAUGUUUGGAUUGCGACUAAAAUUGGCAUGGUCAUGAUUUUGGAUGGUCAGCAAGGAAUUGGUUUGCCCAUACCCUUUCCCUCGGCGGUUUAUUCUUCUUGCAAAAACCAAAACACGGAACAAUUAACGUCAGCUUAUCAAAGUGUGUUCUUACAGUUCAGAAGAAGAAGAAGAAAAACUAUAUUACAUGCACAUCACUAUGUGAAGAGCCGGAUAUUCAUUCAAUUUGGCUCUGGCCAAAACCUCAAAAUGAAAUGGAAACAUGCCAAAAACGUAAAUUGCAUAAAAGGCGUGGGGCAUGGACAAGACUUACCUGGCGUGCUGCUGCUGGAGUGGGAAUCUCAUACUGUACUGCACACGCACGCACGCACGCAGCGCCAAAGGAAUCCAAAGGGGUUCAGAGUCAUGUCCAUCAUAUCCUGGUGAGAAGAGACUGAAGCAGAUUCUGCAGUUUUGGGUGUCACUUUCUUCAGCACAUGGUCACGGGAUCAGACUGUACAAGAAUGCAUCAGUUACAAGGGGUGUUAGAUGAACAGGCACCGGCAGCUGCCGCUCCACUAGGCACAGACCUCUGUCCGGCCUGCGCCGCUCUGCUAGAUCGCCACCUUCCAGUACGCACCUGCGGUCACUGCCUUGAGUGGGCUCUGGGAAGGAUGGAUAUGCAUCGGCAGCAGCGAGAAAUCAGUUCAGAGUUUUACUGAUGGUCAGGAAACUUGUGUUCAAGGAGCAAUCCAACGGCAGACUGUGCUGCAGAGAAGACGGCCAGGUGGGGCACGCAGGUGCAAGUCGGACAAUCUCUUCUAGCUUUCAGGGCAAUGCAGCUUCAUGCAGAGGAGAAAUGGGAACAAUUGAAGCUAGUCAGUUGAAGGAAAAUAAUGCCCAUCAGGGCCAAAACAAUUAAAGCCAGUCAAAAGAAUCAGUAGAAAUCUUGAAGGGGGAAGAGUGUAUGACCCGAACUCAGAAGCAGAAAGAGCAGCAAGAUAAAUAAAAUCAAGCAUCGGUACAGAACUAAUCUGAUGAGCAAGAGAAAAAAGGAAGAGCGAGACCAUCAGCGCAAGAGGCCACUAAGUGUAACAGAUACAGACCUGAUGGGAAAAGGCAAAGGAAGAGAUGCCCUACCUGCCAUCAGCUAUACAGAUCAACAAAUACCUUUUUGGAACUUGCGUACAAAUCAUCAACCAUUGCAACUCAAGGAACCAUGCAUGUGCAGGUGCCGAAUUUGCAAGGUGUUACGAGGAAAUUCAAAUCAUCAACCAUUGCAACUCAAGGAACCAUCAGCUGUACACAGUGCAGUAACUGUGAAGCAAAUUACCAAACAAAGACAAGAAAAUGAAUUAGCAAGAACAGCAAGGAUGAAGAGGAAACUUGUGUUGAAGGAGCAAUUCAACACAAAUACUGGUAGUAAGAUAUGGAAUUUUGAGGAGGCAGCUAUAAGAAAACAACAAACACUGGGCUGGAGAUUGCAAAAAUUAUGCACUUGCCAACGUUGCCACACGUUCGGGGCAAAAUCAAAUUAUCAACCAGCACAAGUCAUGGAAUCAUCAGCUGUAAACAGUGCAAUAAUGGCUGACCAGAUGAUGAAACUAAGACGCCAGGACGACUUAACAAGAACGGCACGAAUGAAGAGGAAAGCACGAAUUCAACUUAAUAAGAGCAGAAAACGUGCCAGAAUCAAUAAUGGUGAAAUAGACAGGGUUGACAAUUCUAAUGCCAGUAAGAUAUGGAACUUUGGGGGGCCAACAUGCAUCUGCCAGCACUGCCAUGCACUUAUGUGGCAUGGAGAAAAACUACAAUCUUCCAGUAGCACACAACCAUCCUUUGGACAAUGCUGCAAACAAGGGAAGAUUAUCUUGCCGCCAUUUAAAGAACCACCGCCUUACCUUACAAGUUUAUUGACAAGGGGUGGAGGGGAAAUAUCAGCAAACUACCGAAAAAACAUUAGGUCUUACAAUUCCAUGUUUGCGUUCACAUCAAUGGGGGGAACUUUGGAUAAGGAAAUAAACAAAGGGCGUGGACCUUAUGUUUUCCGACUGAAUGGUCAGAACCGCCACCAGAUAGGAACCCUGCUACCUGAAGAAGGAAAUAAGCCUCGUUUUCAACAGUUGUAUAUCUAUGACACAAAGAAUGAGAUCCAGAACAGGAUAGAAGCAUCAAGGUCUGGUAAACGUGAUGCCUCACUAGAUGAAAAAAUUGUCAGUGGCCUACUAACCAUGCUCGACAAGAAUAACACAUUGGCACAAUCGUUCCGGAUGGCAAGAGAUAGAUUUAAAGAAAAUGACUACAAUAACUUGACUCUAAGGUUACUCGGUGAUAGGGAUCAAGAUGGGAGACAACACAACAUGCCAUCAACAUCAGAAGUUGCCGCGUUGAUAGUCAAAGAUCCAACCCAAAGAUAUGGACGUGACAUUGUUCUUGAGUACAAAGAUAAGAAACCUAAAAGGAUAUCAGAAAUCCAUCCAAAAUUCAUGGCCAUGCAAUACCCGUUGCUCUUCCCAUAUGGAGAAGAUGGUUAUAGACUUGGAAUAAAAUACAACAAAAGGAAAGGUUUAAGUAACAAGAAAUACAUCAGCAUGCUGGAAUACUAUGCAUAUCACCUCCAACAGCGCCCAGGCCAGUCGAUGUUAAUGCUAACGUGUGGAAAUCUGUCAAUGCAGUUUGUGGUUGAUGUCUUCACAUGCAUCGAACAUAAUAGGCUCCACUGGAUCAGAGAAAAUCAAGGAAUUUUACGAACGGAACUUUAUGACGGACUACAGGAUGCAUUCAGAAAAGGAGACACGCGGACAGAACAAGUAGGCAGGAGAAUAGUACUCCCAGCAAGUUUUACAGGAAGUCCUCGAAACAAAGAGCAAAACUACCAAGAUAUGAUGGCAAUAUGCCGUUGGGCUGGACAACCCCAAUUGUUCAUAACAUUCACAUGCAACCCUAAUUGGCCAGAGAUUCGGUUGAUGCUAAAUGAAGCUGGGAACCAGAAGCCAGCAGAACGUCCUGAUAUUAUAGUUCGAGUGUUCAUGCUAAAACUGAAAGAGCUAAUGUCUGAUAUUAGCAGAAAACAGCAUUUUGGAAAGACUAAAGCAACCGUCUACGCAAUAGAAUUUCAAAAGAGAGGACUCCCACAUGCCCAUAUUCUAAUUUUCCUUGAAAACGGACAAAAAAGUCUCAAGCCCUCACAAAUUGAUGAAAUAAUAUGCGCUGAGAUCCCGGACAAUGACAAGGAUCCAGAAACAUUCAAAGCUGUCAAGAAUUUUAUGAUGCACGGACCAUGUGGAGAGGCAAAUCCAAAGUCCCCUGCAUGGAGAAAUAUAUGUGCACCAAGCGCUUUCCAAAAAUAUUUUCUGAAGAGACGAUCAUAGAUGAAGAC